GGGCUACUUAACGGACUACGGUAUGCUGCUAGGUGCAAGCUGAUGGGAGUACACGUCGUCGGUGACAGUAAUCUCAUUCUCACGCAAUUACGGAAGCGGAAAACGCCUCGAGCCAAACACCUACAAGGACUGUAUACACAAUGCCGGCUACUAGCGGAUCGACUGAUGGUGUCCUCCUGGUCUCAUCAUUUACGCCACUUCAACAAGACGGCGGGCGGAUUAGCCAACCUGGCCAUGGACACCAAGAAGAGCACGCAGGUA